CAAAAUGAAUGAAUUGUCAAGUCAUCGAUUGGUUUGAUUACAACAACAACAAACCACAACAGCAGCAAAACCAUCCCAUCCGACCGACAUGUGAUUGCUGAAUCAUUUUCUGGGUUAAACAGCAGAAAAAAAAACAAUGAAAGAAAAAAAAAUUGAAGAGGAUGUCGCCAAAAUGACGCAAAAGAAAGAACGAAUUUCGUAUAUUCAUUCAUCAUUCAUCCAUAUACACAGGUAUGCAUGUUGUUCACGGUUAUUAUAUUCGAAUGAUUAAGCAGAUAAUUAUUGCUCAUGAUGAUGAUGAUGAUGAUAAUCAUCAACACCAUUUUUUUUUACCGAUUCGUUCCCAAUGUAAUAUUUUGUGUUUGUAAAAACAUUUUGUUUUUUUUCCUCAUCAUCAAUCAAACAAAACAAAACAAAAAGUGCAUUCAAAGUUUGAUUACAAUUGACUUUUGAAGAAUAACACUGAGGAAAAAGUUUCGGUACGGUUGUUUCUAAAAAAAAAAAAAAUAUAAAAAUUUUUCCAUCGAAAUAAUGGUUGCAAGUGAUGCUGGAUUCGAAAUUUGUUCGGACAAUGAACAUUUGAAUGAUGGUCAUCAUAAAACAUCAUGUUUUAAUCAAAAAUUUGAUGAAAAUUUUCGUACAUCAACAAUGAUGACCACAACAACCACAACCACAACGGCAACGGCUGAACAAAAGAUUCGAUUUGAAAACGGAAAUGCCGAGACUUCUACGACAACAAUAUUACGACAAACAAACGAUACGAUUAUUGUUCCAAUGAAUGAUAAAUCAAAUUCAGUGAUUGAAAUUCCAAAUUCAUAUUCCGUUAGCUAUCAUCCGGAAUUGUCGCCAGUUUCAUUAUCAUCAUCAUCAUCUAAUUCAUUAUUUGAAACAUCGUUAUUAUCAUCAUCAUCAUCAUCAUCAUCAUUCUUGGAUCCUUAUUAUCCUGUAAAUAAUUAUAAUCAAAAAAAUCAUCAUUAUGAUCAAAAAUCAUAUCGGCGAUAUAAAUCCUUACAUAAACGAACGAUACGACGACGAAAAAUAAUUCACAAUGAUGAUGAUGAUGAUGAUGAAAUUGAAUGCGUAAAUCGAACGACAACAAAUACCAAUGGCAAACAGCAACAACAACAAUUUGAAACAAAAAUCAUUGAUUCAAUACAAACACGUGAUAAAUAUUAUUCUAGUGAUCCAAGAUCAAUGAUUGAACCAUCGAUUGUUAUCAGAUUUCUAUGCUAUUUUAGUUAUAUGAUUCUUGUCAUUUUUGGCUAUUUUCGUAUGUUUAUGGAAUGGCUGAAUUUAGGUGAUUAUAACACAAUUAUUGAACGUAAUCGAAAGGAUUAUCGUCCAUUAUACAAUAGUUGGCAAGCAUUUUUCACCCGUUAUAUUUAUCGUCGUGUUGCCGAUAUAUUUGCCAUACCGAUUACGGGAAAUCCUGGCGGUAUCGUAACAGUUCUUGAACGAGAAUCAAAUGAUAGAAAUUUUACAUUUCAAUUGACUGGAAAACAAUUUGAUUGUAUUAAUCUUGCAUCAUAUGAUUAUCUAGGAUUUUCUCGUCAAAGUUCAUCAGAUCCAUCGAUUGAACAAUCCAUACGUAAAUAUGGUGUCGGUAUUAAUGCCAUACAUGAAAUUGGAAUGUUAGAUUUACAUCGAAAAUUGGAACAAAAAUUUGCUGAAUUUUUACAAGUAGAAUCCUGUAUAGUAUUCGGCAUGGGUUUUGCCACCAAUUCAACAAACAUUCCUUCAUUGGCCGAUAAUGAUUGUUUAAUACUAGCUGAUUGUCGUAGCCAUGCUUCAGCUAAAUCUGGUAUCUAUUUAUCUGGUGCAACAUUCGAUUAUUUUAAACAUAAUGAUUGUAAUGAUUUGGAACAAAAAAUCUGUAAUGCCAUUUUGUAUGGACAUCAUGGUAAACCGUGGAAAAAGAUAAUCAUAAUUGUUGAAGGUGUUUACAGUAUGGAAGGAACAAUUGUUGAUCUACCAAGAUUGAUUGAAUUGAAACAAAAAUAUAAAUGUUAUCUUUAUGUGGAUGAAGCACACAGUAUUGGUGCUGUUGGACCAAAUGGCCGUGGCAUUGUUGAUUAUUUUGGCUGUGAUCCUAAAGAUGUUGAUCUUUUGAUGGGUACGAUGACCAAAAGUUUUGCUGCUGCUGGUGGAUAUUUAGCCGGUGGUAAACAAUUGAUUGAUCAUAUUCGACAACAUUCAUUAUCCAAUUAUGCUGGUAGUAUAUCGGCACCGAUUGCACAACAAAUAAUCAAUACAUUAUCAAUAUUAUUAUGUGAUCGAAAUAAUAUUAUCGAUACGGAAGGACAACGACGAAUUCAACAAUUGUUAUCAAAUACACAUUAUAUGCGUGAUCGUCUUCGAAAUUUAGGUUUUGUAAUAGCUGGUCAUUAUGAUUCACCAGUAAUACCAAUAAUGAUUUAUAUACCAGCAAAAAUUGGUUCCGUCGUUAGGAUGGCCGUAAAGAAUGGUUUGGCAUUAGUUUGUGCCGGUUAUCCAGCCACAUCUUUGACAACAAAUCGUAUCCGUUUGUGUAUGACAGCACAACAUUCACGUGAAACAUUAGAUCAAGCCAUACGUAUUCUAAGCAUGAUUGGUGAUGUUCAUCACAUUAAAUAUCAACGUUAUGGUGUUCUAUGAUA